AUGCGCGAAGCGGACAUUUCAAAACUAAAUUGGGGGUAAUGGUAUUACGAAAGUAAAGUCUGUAAACUUGAUAUUUGGUACUUGUGGCCUUGUGUAGUCAGGCAUUUAACAAUGAAUCACACAGAGGAAUAUUCUGAUGAAUGGGAACUGAGCAAAGAAAAUGUGAGACCGCGGAAACAAGGUCGCAAUGUCUCCUCGCUGUCAGCUGCACUUCAACCGCAAGAUGAUCAAAUGAUGAUCAUCAAACAACAAAAACAAGUAUUUGAAAGUGAGUUGCGGACAUAUGCAGGUCCUGAUCCACUUGACACCUGGGACAGGUACAUUCGCUGGACAGAUGAAGUAUAUCCUAAGGGUGGCAAAGUUGGCAAACUAAGAGCCUUGCUAGAGCGAUGUGUUACAAUUUUUAAAGAUGAAGAGAAAUACAAGAAUGAUCACAGAUAUGUUGACGCUUGGAUAAAAUUUGCCAACUUCUGCAAUGAUCCAGCAGAGAUGUUUGCCUUCAUGUUUGACCAGAGCAUUGGUUGUGAGGUGUCUUUCCUGUACGAUGCCUGGGCUACAGUGCUAGAGGAUACAGGGAAUACAAAGAAGGCAGAUGCUAUCUAUCAAGAAGGGCUGCGAAGAAAUGCUCAACCGGCUGAGUUCUUGAUAAGAAAACACCAAGAGUUUCAGGCUCGUGUUGCUCGUGGCCUGAUGAGAUCAGAGGUGAUGGAAACAGAAGAUGACCUCCUGGAAGAGGAACAGCGCACAGCUCUAGGCCCACUGAGAACUGUAGGAAGGCGUCACCAAGUUGGCACAGCCAGAACAGGAACUGCCAAGAAAUCUUCGCAUGGAGGUGUGGUAAAGUGUGACGCAAACAAGCCGAAACAGACAAGUGGUUCAGGCUUCCAGAUCUACACUGAUGAGAAUGCAGAGAUAGCCUGUAACCCCCAGCAGACAGGGGAGUGGGAGACUGUCCCCAAGACAGGCACCACCAACAGGGAGAAUGAGCAGAAACCUGGUGUCUGGACAAAAGCUAGGGUUCCCAUGAAGAAUGCAGCCCUGCUUGCAGCCAAUGCCACCCCCAGUUUCACAGUCCAUGUUGAUGAUUGUGUGGACCAACCUAUGGUGACACCACAGAAAGGAUCAGUCCUUGACCCACAGGUGUUGAGUGCUCGGAAGCCUGAGAAGCAUGUCAACCCCCUAGCCCCCAUGCAGCAGACCGCUCCGGCAGGGGGCCUGGAGAUGAGGCCCAUGUACAAUAAGGGCAAGAUCUACCGCGGCCUGGAGGAGUUCUCCUUCGAGGAGCUGCGAGGUGCACGCUGGCUGACCAAACAGAAGGCGAAGGAAGACCAGGACAGAAAGCUAGCAGAGGAGAGACAGAAAAUAGAAGAGGAGGCCAUUCGUCUGAAGCAAGCAAGGGAAGAGCUGGUGAAUUAUCAUCGCUCUAUCCGUGAACAGCUACAGGCGGAGAAAGAGAAGAUGAUGGAGGAUCUACGCAAGCAGAUGGCAUUGCAGCAGGAGCACCUAGAGAACCAGAGGCUCACACAGACGCAGCAGGCCCAGUGUGCCGUGGAUCAGGAUAUUCAGCAGCAUCUGCAGAGACAACUCAAUAUUAGCCACACACCAGAUACACAGGAGAACAGCAGUGAACGACUGACUCGCCAGCUCACCUUUGAUGACAUGACUUCCCAUGGCAACACAGAGAAUGUGCCCCCUGGUCUGUCAGCACAGUUGCUGGCAUCGCGAGAUGCAUGGAGGAAGAAGGAAGCCCACACGGACCCCUCCACCAGUCUCAACUCCAGCCAGAGGACACCAGUCUUCAAUACUUCAGUCAGCUCCUGUCACUCUUCCUCGGGGGCCAGGCCCAAGUCUCGGGGACCCACGCCAGACAGCAACAGUUUUUCACAUGGACGGGGGAGUUUAGUUGCCCCAUCUCCUACUGUGAACACACAGGAAGCGCUGAAGGUUGUCCGGGGAAUGUUCAACGCCUCUCUGGACUGUGAGAAACAGUAUGGCUGGCCUGGUGAGGAACCCAUGGGAGAAGUCAGUGGAGCUCCUGCUGCAGUGAUAGCCCCUGUUGGCAGUCAGCCCUUCGCCAUCUAUGAUGAAUCAGAAGAGCAAGCUGUGCCAAUGAUUGCUCAACAGGAUCCAGCUGUUGACAAAGAGAACACGCCCCCAAAAGAUUACAGACCUGCUCCUCGGCGCCACAACUUGUCUGGUUACCUGCAGCCAUCAAAAGGUCUCCCUGUUGACCCUGAGGGGGAGCAGGAUAUAGUCAUGGUGGAAACUGUCAAGGUUAUGUCAGGAGACGAUUCUCCCGAAGACUACAUCGAACACAUGCCCAUGACUGACAUGACACUGGCGACCGUUGGAUCUAGUGAGAGCUUUGCUUCUGCUGCCUGUCUUGCAUCCACCCCUUAUUUUUCAAUGGGGAAGUUACCACAGCUGCCGAACCCCCCACUCAGCCAGAUCAAGGCACCCCAGGAACAUCCUGACGACAGGUCACCUAAGACUCUGCAGAACACACAGCAGCCAAGCUUUGAUGUUAGUAUUGCACCACCAUCUAAAACGUCUCUCAGUCCUAUCUUUGAGGGGAGUACCGAGGGCAGUGGGGAAGAGUCCAGGUGUCAUCCCAGCCACCUCACCUCUAAACACCAUGUGACCACCACAGAACUUUGUCCCGGCACCAUCUCGGACAAUCACAUGCAUCACGAAAUUGACAUUGCUGACUAUGUGGCACCUGAGCCGGAUGAGAAGACAGAAGCACUGCUGUCUAUGUCCAUAAUGAUCAACCCUCAUGACCCUUUUGACCAAGCCGAGAUUGAUGAAGUCUUGUCCAGCCUGGAACGCCCUUUAGAAGAAUACAGGAACUACUAUCGUAUCAAUGCACCCUUGCCUCAUAUGAUCACUUCAUUUGUUCUUCUAGGAACAGAGACCUACAACAUCUCAAAAUGUAUUGGUGAAGGUGGUUUUGGCAGUGUGUACAGGGGAAGAUUAUUUGACAUGGACAACUUGGAUGAUUUAUGUGACAUGGAGGGGGAGGAAAAAGCUCUCAAGGUUCAGAAGCCGGCUUGUCCCUGGGAGUUCUACAUCUGCAAUCAGAUCAAAGAGCGCUUGAAGGAAAUCUGUGACCCCAUGGAUGUGAGUGAUUCCCUGAUGACUAUCGACAAGGGUUAUUUCUAUGAUGAUGGCAGCUGUCUCAUCAGCACCUUACACACCAAAGGUUCCCUGCUGUCGCUGGUGAACUAUGUCCGCUUACAGUCGACGCUGCGGAACGACAUGGAGCCGCUUGUGAUGUUCAUGACGAUUGAGAUGAUGCAUAUGUUGGAGAAACUGCACAAAUGUCACAUCAUUCAUGGAGACAUCAAACCUGAUAACUUCCUCAUCAGAGACAUACCCUGCCUGUUUGGUGAGACUACAAAGGAAGAAGUAUUUGGCCACUCUACUCAAACUCUGAAGCUGAUCGACUUUGGGCGCAGCAUUGACAUGACCAGAUACCCUCCUGGCACCACCUUCCUGGCAAAGAACACAACGACUGGCUUCCAGUGUAUUGAGAUGAGGACCGACAUGCCCUGGACAUAUCAGACUGACCUGUUUGGUUUGAUUGGUACGAUACAUGUUCUGGUGUUCUGUGACUACAUGAAGGUGUACCAGUCACAAGGCGUGUGGUACAUGACAAGCAACUUCCAGAGGAAGUGGAAUGUUGGUCUUUGGAAGAGUGUGUUCCAUCGACUCCUCAACAUACCCAGCUGUGAUGAGUUGCCGGACCUGGCUGCCAUCCGCUGUGAGCUGGAGGACUACUUCAUGGCAAAUCUUGUUACUAAGUACAACCAGGUGGCGCUCCACAUCACCACUCAACUAGGUGAAAAAGUGAAAAACUGAGUGAUGCCUACAACCACUUGGCUCUAAGUGUUGCCAUGUGUGACUAUGCUUGUUGUAAGAGGCGACUAACGGGAUUGGGUGGUCAGACUCGCUGACUUGGUCGAUACAUGUCAUCGUAUCCUAAUUGGGUGGACCGAUGCUCAUGAUGUCAAUCAUUGGAUUGUAUGGUCCAGACUCGAUUAUUUACAGACCGCUGUCAUAUAGCUGGAAUAUUGCUGAGUGCGGAGCAAAACAACAAACAAACAAUUAAACCACAGGUUCAUUUAUCACCAUAGAAACAAGUAUUCUAAAACACAGUACCAGUUCUCUAAAGCAUGGGUGGAUGUAUCACCAUGGAAACAGUGUACCAGUAUUCUACGACACGGAUAUAGAUCUCCAUGAAAACAUUGUAUAGUGCUUCAAAAUACCUUUGUGUGUAUCUCCAUGGAAACAGCAUACCAGUUCUCUACAACACAGGUGGAUGUAUCACCUUGUAAACGGUGUACCAGUGCUCUACAACACAUGUAUGUAUAUCUCCAUGGAAACAUUGUACCAGUACUUCAAAAAGACCUCCAUGGAAACAGCAUACAGGUACUUUAAACAGGUGCAUGUAUCUCUGUGGGACGUAUCUCUAGAAUGCAAGGAAUAUAUGUAAUUCAGGGAGAAAGCUUACUUUAGAACUCACUAUAUUUCCAUGGAAACUUCUUCCUCUUGAAUCAAGGGGCAUGUUUAUCCAAGGAAAAUGGCUUGCUCUAAGUUGAAAACAGAGCCAUGAACCUCCAAGAAAAUGGUUACUCAAAAACACAUCCAUGUCACUCAGAGAGACAGUUUCUGAACACAAAUACCUGUAUUACCAAGGAAACAGCUUUUUCUGGAAUGCAAGGACAUGUAUUGUGGAGAUUACAGCGGUAGAAACUAACAUUUUUAGUCCACUAGUCCUUAUAAUGAUAACAUAUAGCAAAACCCUUAAAAUGGCAAAUUUCUACUAGUCCUCAUGAUACCUCAACUAUUGGUCAGUUUUGCAAGAACUACAGGACUAGUGCCAAUUUCUAACGCUGGAUUACCUUAUAGAAGAUCAACUCCUGCUGACUGGGCAUCCUCUAUCUGGAUACUGAGUGUGCAGGCAUGUAGGGGAGUAUAUAUGUGAACUGGUGGGAUUGGCUGCAGAGUAUAUAUGUGAACUGGUGGGAUUGGCUGCAGAGUAUAUAUGUGAACUGGUGGGAUUGGCUGCAGAGUAUAUAUGUGAACUGGUGGGAUUGGCUGCAGAGUAUAUAUGUGAACUGGUGGCUGCACAGCAUUAUGCUACUGGCAUGUUGCAAGGAUGACUUCAUGUAAAAUAGCUCAUACAAAUGCUGAGACUAUAUCUGUUGGAUGACUUUGAAGACAUAAUUUCCAACAUGUGUGAGGAACCAUUUUCCAACAUGACUAAAUAGCAGGUGCCCUCUCACCAGCUCUCUUCUCUCUGAGUAUAUGGUGUGUGAGAGUGUGUACCCCCAAUAUGUCAGUCAAUGUGUAAAAAUUACUGAAAUUUCCAAUUAUCAUGCCAAAGGCAAUUUAAUAAUAUAUUUCAGUCAUUUUACAAAAAUUAACUGAAAAAUCUGUCCAUUUAUUUUAUUAUGACAUUGAAUUCCAAAUAUGUUGACGUUGAAUUUCAUCACCCAGUGACUGAAAAUGAUAGGAUCUUAAGAACAUGAAAGUGUGUGUGUGUUGUAAAUUUCUUCUUAUCCAAUUAGUCUAUUGUGAUGUUUGAAAGCCCUUUUGAAAUUCUUAAUAAUUUGUAGUCAAUGAAAUGGACAAAUUUUUCAGGCAUUUUGUAAAUUGUCUAAGUGAAUCACAUUGACUGUAACACACACCUAUAUAUAGUAUACACAUUUACUCAGGACUACCUAGUUUAGAAGAGCCAACAUUUAGCCUGAACCAUGCAGAGACAGGCAUCACCCUGCUUGGACAGACUGAUCAUCAGUUUGUUGGCAACAGAUGUGGACUACACUGUAUCUGCCUUGUAUAUAUUCCUUCUGAUUAUGUGCACACAGCUGCAUGCUAUCAUCUCCAUCUAAUCUUUUCUGUCAAUAUUGUAAUGUUAAAGGCCUAGGAGUUGUACAUAGUUUCCUCAUCAAACUGUACAGAAUAAACCAAUACCAUGCAAGUU